AUGUCGGACGAACGCGACGCGCGCGAUGCCGCGACGACGCCAAAGCCACCGCGAACGCCCGAAAAGACGCUCGUGCAUCGACUCGCGCAACCGAAAAGCGCCGACGAGCUCGUCGCGCUCGUGCCGAAGACUAUUCUGCUCACGGAACACGCGGAGGGCGCGUCCGCGAUGGCGCGAGCCGAGGUUUUGGACCAUUUUUCGGUAAUGUUUUGGAUCGCGAACGAUUGCUGUUGGAGCCAAGAGACGACGUGGGUAUUCGUGCCGAUGGCGUUCGUGGUGAUAUUCUUUACGCAUAACGUGUGGGCGUCGAGGAACGACGCGAAUGAGUUCAGACACGCGCUGGCGGUGUUCUUUUGGCUCGUCGGGGCGAAUUCAUGUUGGGUUUGGAUGGAUUUCUACGGGUCGGUGUACGCGCUCGAGGUGUGGUGUGUGAUUUGCUUUGCGACGAGCGUACUCAUAGAAGCCGCGCAGCUCACGGUUUUGGCGGUGCCGGCGAUGAAUAAUGCGGGCGAAGUCGACACGCAAGACGUCACCGAUGCGUUUCAGGCGAUCGCAAUUUUGUCCUGGGCGGCGCACGACUUGACGGUGUUUUUGUAUUACAAUCUGUCGUCGGUAUCGCAAGAUUACUGCCGUGUCGCGUGGUGGAUCUUGGGCGCUGUAAUUGUGUUUCAGGUAUCGUACUAUCUGUACUUACAGAUCAAGAUUUAUCGCGCGCGUCCGGAAAGUUCGGGCGUAGACUAUGCCUUGGCUCUUUUCGCGUGGUCGAUCGGGUGUAUAUUCUGGGAAUUUGGUGAUUUUUACGCAACCGACCAUCAAGAUCCGGAACCCGUGUUUCGACCGCCGCGACAUGUCGAUAACUUUCGAUGGUGGUCGUUUUGGAUCAUAGUUAUCGGCGCGCUACCGCUCGCGGUGUGGUGCGUGCGACACUCAUUGAAUAUCCUGGCGUGGAGUAAGAAGAAUCGAUAG